GCUUAUUCCCUCCUUACAAUGCCUCGAGCAAUCAUUUCUCCGUCAGUUCUGGCAUCUGACUUUGGUCAGCUCACUGCAGAAUGCAAGCGCAUGAUCAAGGGAGGCGCUGAAUGGCUCCAUAUGGACGUUAUGGACGGACACUUCGUUCCUAAUAUUACUAUGGGCGCACCGAUCCUCUCCUGCGUCCGCAAGGGCAUCCCGGACAUCUUCAUGGACUGCCACAUGAUGGUCGCGCAGCCCGAACGCUGGGUCGACGAUAUUGCAGAUGCGGGUGGAGCCAUGUACUGCUUCCACAUCGAAGCGACUUCCGACCCUAUUGCCCUCAUCCACCAAAUCCACAAACGAAACAUGAAGGCAGGCGUCGCAAUCUCACCCGAUACACCCUCAACCGCUAUCACGGAUGAAAUUGGCCAACUGGCCGAUAUGCUCCUCGUCAUGACAGUCUACCCAGGCCGAGGUGGACAAAAGUUUAUCGAAAGAUGCGUUCCUAAAGUCUCAGAACUCCGGGCGCGAUUCCCUGACAAGGAUAUCGAAGUCGAUGGCGGUGUAGGACCCAAGACGAUCGAUGUGUGUGCCGAGGCAGGAAGCAAUGUAAUCGUGGCAGGGACAGCCAUCUUCGGCGCCGACGACCCUCCAGCGGUAAUCAAGUCUUUGAAAGAGACAGUCGAAGCUGCGCAGGCCAAGUUUGCCGCUGCCCGUGCACAGCAGCAAAAGUCCAAUGGGUCGAAUGGAGCCAACGGCAAUUAAUGCCCUUCCCCGUGCUGCGCAAGGACGGUGGAGAUGACCUUCUCAUCUUAUCAAUACACC